UUAGGGUUCUUUAAAAAAAAAAGAACAAAAGAGAGAAAAGAGAACAGACACACAUAUAUAUGCGCCACAACUAGGGUUUUAAGCUGGUGAUAGUUGUGGGAGGCGACUCGGUGCUUUUGGUUCAACCAAGAUGGGUAUUUCCAGGGAUUCUAUGCACAAGAGGCGCGCCACUGGUGGCAAGAAGAAAGUUUGGAGGAAGAAGAGAAAGUAUGAGCUUGGACGCCAGCCAGCCAACACUAAGUUAUCGAGCAACAAGACGGUCAGGAGGAUUCGUGUAAGAGGUGGCAAUGUGAAGUGGAGGGCAUUGAGGUUGGAUACAGGAAACUAUUCGUGGGGUAGUGAAGCUGUGACUCGCAAGACUCGUAUUCUUGAUGUUGUUUACAAUGCCUCAAACAAUGAGCUCGUGAGAACUCAGACCCUUGUCAAGAGUGCCAUUGUUCAGGUGGAUGCUGCUCCGUUCAAGCAGUGGUACCUUCAGCAUUAUGGUGUUGAUAUUGGCAGGAAGAAGAAAACAGCAGCUGCCAAGAAGGAUGCUGCCGAGGAAGGUGAGACCCCCGCAGAGGAAGCCAAGAAAAGUAACCAUGUGCAGAGAAAAAUCGAGAAACGCCAGAAAGAUCGUAAGCUUGAUCCCCAUAUUGAAGAGCAGUUUGGUGGUGGGAGAUUGCUGGCUUGCAUUGCUUCUCGACCUGGGCAAUGUGGCAGGGCUGAUGGCUAUAUUUUGGAAGGUAAGGAGCUUGAGUUUUACAUGAAGAAAAUCCAGAAGAAGAAGGGAAAGGGUGCUGCCUAAUUAUUCUAUUCUCACACUUGUAUUUUGGAUUUGGUCGUCUCUGUUGGAGAUUGGUUACAUUCUUGGUGAUUUUUCACCGUCAUCACCUUCUGAAUGAAGCCAUUACUUGUUAGUGUGACCUAAUGCGAAUUGUUAUCUUAGUUUUGUUUUAAUUUUGUUCUUUUUUGAAAGAUUACUAGUAAUUUUCAGUAAAAAGUUUUGAAAUUGAUAUUGAUGGAUGGAUAA